ACCAUCUGAACAACACAACAGACGACUGAAUAAACCCCUUACCAAGAACAACAAUCGGAUAGAGAAGAGGAAGGAAACGACCUCGUCUUCAUUUUCACUGUAACAUUUUAGUGCGUAAAACCGUGUGUGUUUGUGUGUGUGCGCGCGCGCGCGUGUGUGUGUCUGGCUAAAAGAAAUCCCGUAAGAGGCAAAGCAGCCCAGAACAAAAGAACUCUUUAAUAUUAUUCUCAGAGUAGAUUUCAAGGAGACGCUGUUGGUUAUUUAACCCUAUCUACGUACAAGGCGAGUUCUGGCUAUCUGUCGAGCAACCUUUAUGUAUUUGGAUCUAUCAUUCUUAUCCCGUCGUCCUACUAUGGUCAUAAUGGAGAUCCCCAGCAUCGACUGCGAGUCCCUCCGUCACAUGCUGGAGGGCGACCGGCCGGGCUGCCUUGUGCUCGACUGCCGCUCCUUUUUCUCUUUCAACUCGUCCCAUAUAUCCGGCUCCACCAACGUGCGUUUCAGCACCAUAGUGCGCAGGAGGGCCAGAGGGGGCUUGGGACUCGAGCACAUCAUCCCCAACGAGGAGACGCGGAACCGGCUUCUCUCCGGGGAGUAUCAGUCGGUGGUCUUCCUGGAUGACCGGAGCGUGGACUUCGGCCAGGUGAAAAAAGACGGCACCCUGAUGCUGGCAGUGACGGCCUUAUCCCGCGACCCCUGCGGUGCCAGGGUCUUUAUUCUCAAAGGUGGCUUUGAAACUUUUUCCUCUGAGUACCCUGAGAUGUGUACGAAACCCUCACCUCCACAAGGGCUUAGCUUGCCCCUGAGUGCCAGCCAUCCUGGAAGUGCAGACACCGGCUGCAGUCCAUGCAGUACACCUUUAUAUGAUCAGGGGGGUCCAGUUGAGAUCUUGCCCUUCCUGUACCUUGGCAGUGCUUACCAUGCCUCCAGAAAAGACAUGCUGGACAUGCUGGGCAUUACAGCUCUGAUAAACGUCUCUGCCAACUGCCCUAACCACUUCGAAGACUCUUUCCUGUACAAAAGCAUCCCCGUAGAGGACAACCACAAAGCUGAUAUCAGCUCCUGGUUCAAUGUGGCAAUCGAAUUUAUCGAUUCGGUGAGGAAUAAAGGAGGCCGUGUUUUUGUACACUGCCAAGCGGGCAUCUCCCGCUCCGCUACCAUUUGCCUUGCCUACCUCAUGCGCACCAAUCGUGUGAAGCUGGACGAGGCCUUCGAGUUUGUCAAGCAGCGACGCAGCAUCAUCUCCCCCAACUUCAGCUUCAUGGGUCAGCUUCUUCAGUUUGAGUCUCAGGUCCUUGCCUCCUCUACCUGCUCCUCAGAGGCAAGCAGUCCUGCCAUCGGCAAGAGCAGCACAGUCUUCAACUUCCCCGUCUCCAUCCCUGUACAUUCUUCAGCCGGCCAGCUGUCUUUCCUCCACAGUCCCAUCACCACUUCCCCAAGUUGCUGAGGAAGCUGUGGGUGUCGCAGACAUUGCUUUGAGUUUUACUGUAACUCACUGGUGACUUGCCACAGAGCACUACAUGAACAUAUGGCCCUAAUGUUACUAUUAUAUAGUGAUACUGGUAUCACUGGACAAGAAGGGUGCUAUCGCUUGCUGGCAGUCAAGUUGCCAAGUUUGUGACUUACUGGCCAAUUUGUAGGACAGCAUAUGUUGGCCCCAUCAUUUCAAGAGGAAUUUUGAUUGCUACCAACUGGCAGUAUUGUUGUCACGUCCCUCUGCACAAAUGUGAUUGUCGCCCACAAUUCUAAACAGUCCAUCAUAGAUAUCAUAAGAGAUAACUGAAAAAAAGGGAUUAUUCCUUAGAGGAAAGUUAGAAGCAUUUCAAUAGUUUGUAUUCAAAGAACAUUAAAAAGAAGAAGUCAUGAUGGUGUGACUGCUUUUGAUAAUCUUUUUUUUUUCUUGAAAAGUGGGAAGACCAGCCAGUUGCUAUGUUCACUGUUGUCUCAGGAAAGUUUGAAUGGUCUUUUCAUCUGUUCAUUGUGUAUUCUUGAGCUGGUUGUCGGGAAGUAACUUUACAAACUUUCUGCCAAUUUUUAGACACAGGCCAUGAAAAUCACUCUAUUUGACGAACAAUGAAUGUAUCCUCUUUUCGAUCUCGCUCUGGCAGACGUUUUACAUUUUCAUAUUGAAAGUGAAAUGGGUUGCCAAUUCGGAUGCAAAAAGAAAAAAAAAGAAAAGAAAAUCUGCGUUCUAAACAUAACACCCUGACGAUCCCGACACAUUGGGGAAACCAACCAUGAUAUACCUCAUGUUUCUGUACUGUGUAAUGCAGCUCUGGGAUGGAUGGUGCCCCACAAGAACCCCAAAGUACUAUAGAGGGGCCAUCUAAUUCUCAAUGACUGACAUAUUUAUUAAACUAAAGUAAUAUAUUUCUUUUAUCGUAUCUAUUUUUGCAUAUGUUUGUUGAGUGUUCUUUUGAUACCAUCGAAUAAAUCCAAUUUGUCUUUUUA